AUGCAUCCUUCUCUCUUCCUGGCUCCCCUUUGCCUGGGAAUAGCUUCAGCUGCUCCACAACUUGAUCAGAGCUUAGAUACGCGCUGGUCCCAGUGGAAGGCGGCACACGGGAGACUGUAUGACGAGAAUGAAGAAGGAUGGAGGAGAGCAGUGUGGGAGAUGAAUCUGAAAAUGAUUGAACAGCACAACCAGGAGUACGGCCAAUGGAAACACAGCUUCAAGACGGCAAUGAAUGCCUUUGGUGACCUGACCAAUGAAGAAUUCAGGCCCAUAAUGAUUGGCCUUCAGAUACAGAAAUGUGAGGAGGCGAAGGUGUGCCAAGCCCCUCUCUCUGCUGAGACCCCCUCAUCUGUGGACUGGAGAGUGAAAGGCUCCACAAACCCCGUGGAGGAUCAGCUUUUUAAUUUGGUUCCAGGGUCCUGGGCUUCUUGUUGGGCUUUUAGUGCAACUGGAGACCUCGAAGGACCAAUGUUCCAGAAAACUGGCUAUCUAGUGUCACUGAGUAAGCAGAACUGCUCUCGGGCUGAAGGCAGUGAUGGCUGCAGUGGUGGUCUUUUAAGUUAUCCCUUCCAGUAUGUUCGGAACGACGGAGGCCUGGACUCACAGGAAUCCUACCCAUAUUGUUUAGGGCUCCAAUCCUGCAAAUACAGUCCAGAAAAAUCUGCUGCUAGUGUAACUGGGUUCUGGUCUGUGAAAGGUCUGGGGGCAGAAUUCUGA